AAGAAGCGCAAGCGCGUCCUGCCCGAAGAUGAAAUCGAAGUCGAUGUCAACGCUCCCGAGCCGCCGUCCAAGAAGGCCAUGCGUGAGGCCAAAAAGGCCGCAAAAAGAGCAAAGGAGAACCCCGAAGGCGUCGCUGCUGCUACCGCUACCACCGCCGCAGAAGGAGAGAAAAAGCGCAGUGAUUACGGCAUCUGGAUCGGAAACCUGGCUUUCGCUGUCGACAAGGAUAUGUUACGUGUUUUCCUCACUCGUCAGGCUCAGAUUCCUGAGGCUGAGAUUACUCGUGUGAAUAUGCCUGUUCCUCAGGGUCCUCCCCAGCCUGGCCGCACCAAGCCCUCCAACAAGGGUUUCGCCUACGUCGAUUUUGCAUCCGAAGAGUCCCUCAACAAAGCCAUCGCCAUGUCCGAGACCCUCGUCAGCGGCCGCAAAGUCCUCAUCAAGAACGCAAAGAGUUUCGAAGGCCGUCCCGCCCAAGCAACCGCUACCGUAAACGCCCUUGCUGGCAACGCAGACUCGAGCGAAGCUGCCGCAGCAGCAGGAGGUGCAGCUCCCAACAAGAUCGGUCCCAACGGCAAGCCCGUCAUGCCACCCAGCAAGCGUGUCUUUGUCGGAAACCUCAAUUUCGAUGUCACCAGAGAGGAUCUCGAGACCCACUUUGCUCAAGCCGGCGAAUUAGAAGAUGUCUUCAUGGCAACCUUCCAGGACAGCGGAAAGUGCAAGGGAUACGCCUGGAUCCGUUUCGCCGAGCUCGAAGCCGCAGAAUCAGCCGUCCGAGGCUUCAUCUGGAAAUUCGACGAAGCCAGCGAUGACGAGGAGGAAGAAGAGGAGGAAGAGGAGGAACCAGAAGACAAGAAGGCCGAUAAUUCAGGAUCAGAUUCUGACAGCGAAGCCGAGGAUGCCGCUGCAGACAAGAAGGAGAAAAACACCAAAAAGACGAAAAAGCCAAAGAAGCAGAACAAGCGCAAAUGGUUCAUCAACCGCCUGCACGGCCGCCCUCUGCGUUGCGAAUUCGCAGAAGACGCCAGUACACGCUACAAGAAGCGUUUCGGUAAGGAGAGACCAGCUACAGAGUCACACCCCUCAGAUGCAGCACCCAUUGCCGAAGUCGACGGAGCAGCACAAGAGAGACCUCAAAAGAGAUCCAGACCCAAGGGAGAUGCAGACGCCAGACAAGAGGCCCGCAGAAAGAAGUUUGAUGCCAGAAAGAUUAGACCGGGCAAUGCAUUGGCGAAUGCACCAAGAGCUUCUGCUGCUAUUGUCGAGGGUGCUGGUAAGAAGAUUUCGUUUGAU